AUGGCAUCGACAGAUUGGACGAAACCACUCGCCUACAUAGGCCUCACAACAGUAGCCUAUACAGCCUUCAAACUUAUCCGUGGAGCAUCUAUCUACCUCCACCCCAGCACACUGACAAAAGAAUACAACCCGACAGGCAAAAACUGGGCGCUCGUAACAGGCGCAACAGAUGGAAUCGGGUUCGGAUUCUGUCAAGAGCUAUGCGCACGUGGAUUCAACGUAAUUCUACACGGGCGCAAUGAAACAAAGCUUCAAAAACGCGCAAAGGAACUAGAAGCCGAGUUCCCAGCUCAAAAGACCGAUAUCAUCGUUCUAGACGUUGUGGGCGUGACAAACGCCAUUGACGAAGUAAGCAGUCAAGUUCGGGAGAUUCUAGCACGAAACGGGGGAGAACUAAGUGUGCUGGUGAAUAAUGUUGGAGGGGACUCGAAGCCAUAUACAAUGUUGGAGGCCUAUACGUUUGAAGAAGCGCAGGAGACAUUGGACAAAAAUGCAGUAUUCAUGUUGCAGAUUACACGCGUGCUGCUGCCGCUGUUAGCAGCUGGGGGGCGUGGAAUAGUGCUCAAUGUCUCGUCUAUCGCGGUGUAUGGAAUGCCGUUUAUUAGUGUCUAUUCUGCAUCGAAGGGGUUCGUGGAUACAUUGACGCGGGCCUUGGAGGCGGAGUGUGUUGCUGAAGGCCGGAAUGUGGAUGUGAUGGGACUACGUGUUGGGCCGACGAGGACGUCUGCAUUUGAUAUCAAGGCUGGGUUGUUUGUUCCUAAUUCUCGGGAGCUGGCGACGGGGGCGUUGAAUCGUGUUGGGUGUGGUGAGGUGAUUGCUUGGGCGUAUUUCUGGCACUCGGUGCAAGGGGUGAUAUUUGAUGUACUGCCUCGGUCGGUGUUGAUGAAGAUUACGGCGAAGAAGAUGAGAGAAUUGAAGAAGGAAGAGGAGGAAAAGGCGAAGAAAAGAUAA